GGAUUUCAUUUUUUGUGGCGCUGCGUGUCGCCCGUGGAUUGGUCGCGGCCUGGCUACUCCUCCUCCCAUUCGCCUCGUUCGUUUCCCCUCCACCGCACUGCUCCUCCCAUUCGCCCCGCUCGCUUUGCCUCCGCCGCUCCCCCUUGGUCGCUCCCCCUGCGCUCCUGCUCCGGAUCUCGUCCUCCUCCUCUAACAGCCGUUCGUCCUCCUCGGUGCGCCGUUCUCAGUGGCGCGGCGGAGGAUCUGUCUUUGGAGUCGCCGGAGAGGCCUUUGAGAUGGCCCAGGUUUUGCUGGUUGAUCCGUCCUGAUUAGGACCUGUCCGUGGUUCUGGUUAUCUAGCUGGUGGGUCGUGCCGCUGCUGGUGUACGGACUGUCUCGCUGGUUUCCUUGCAGGAUGUUUGUCGUGAGUUGUUCUUAUGUGCACAUGUUAGAUGUCGUUGCCUCACGGUGUCGUUUGCCCUUUCAUUCGUACUUACGAGAGGUCAUGGAUGAUGGGGUCGUAAUCGGAGGGGUGGAAAUAGAGGUCCAUGUCCUUGGAAGCGAUGCCUUGACUGUGAGGAGGUUUUUCUGGUCCCAGGACGGUGUGGGGUAUCUUUCUCUUUACAAUGAUGCUGCUUUCCAGGCCAUUUGUUUUUUACAGGGUUUGUAUGGGUUUGUUGUCUUAUAUUACAACUACCAUGGUAUGAUGACCUAUCGAGAGCUUGCACGCUCCGCGGUUGUUUUAGCAGCCUCGCUGGUUCGAUCUUCGGGUUCUGUUGUUGGUGGUGAUGCAUCUGCUGCUGUGGGUGACGUCAAUGCUGCUUCACGGCAGCAGAUGCUACAUGCUAGUUACAUGGGUCCAGCUUCUUAUUUGUCCAGUGUUCGGGACGAUGUUGUCUGGUUGUUGACAUGCCUCGUGAUCCGGUUGUGUCUCGGGGUCAAGGCGUGUUUGAGGCUGGUACUGGGUUGAUAGGUGGUCGUGGGCGUGGCCGUGGGCAGGCUGCUACUGGUCGUGGACGGGGCAUCGACCGUGGAGGUUCUAAUACAGGCCGUGCCCCUGUUUCUGGUCAUGUCUCUGGCCGUGCGGGUGCUGCUCGGGGGGUGCCUGGCGCUGGAGCCCAGCCAGUUGCCGGGCGUGGGCGUGCUGCUCGGCGGGUGCCUGGCGCUGGAGCCCAGCCAGUAGCCCGGCGUGGGGGUGCUGCUCGGCGGGUCCCUGCCGCUGGAUCCCAGCCAGAAGCCGGGCGUGGGGGUGCUGCUCGGCGGGUCCCUGCCGCUGGUGCCUAGCCAGUAGCCGGGCGUGGGGGUGCUGCUCGGCGGGUCCCUGCCGCUGGUGCCUAGCCAGUAGCCGGGCGUGGGGGUGCUGCUCGGCGGGUCCCUGCCGCUGGUGCCUAGCCAGUAGCCGGGCGUGGGGGUGCUGCUCGGCGGGUCCCUGCCGCUGGUGCCCAGCCAGUAGCCGGGCGUGGUGGUGCUGCUCGGCGGGUCCCUGCCGGUGGUGCCCAGCCAGUAGCCGGGCGUGGGGGUGCUGCUCGGCGGGUCCCUGCCGCUGGUGCCCAGCCAGUACCCGGGCGUGGGGGUGCACCUGGGUCCGCCACCCCUGACGGAUGUCCGUUGGUCCCUGGGAUUGCUCAACGUUAUGUGCCUCGCCGGCUCGUUGGGUUUCCUUCUUCUGGACGUGCGUGUACGUCCCUGUCCAUUAGCCUUUUUCGUUUCGUUUCUUAGGUUGCUGUGACAGUUGCUUCACUCCCGUGAUGUUUGUGACAUGGUUAGGUGAUGGUUGGUUUCCUUUUGUGAGCUCUGCCAUGGCGGCGGUCAAUCGCAGAAAACGGAAAUUGUGCGUUCAGUUUCGGCGUGCUCGCUAUGAAGAGCAUGUUGUCGAUGGCCCCUUGCCAACGGUCUGGCAUGGUCACUCUGUUUAUGUCUGUUCAGAGGUGACUGGGAUAGAUCGCAACAAACGAAAAAUACGGAAAGUGUCAAUUAGAUUGCGUCGUCCUGGAAGCGAAGAGGUUGUUGUCAGAGGGGCUUUGCCGAAGGAUUGGCAAGGUUACUCGGUCGGGUUUGCUGAGUCCCUUAAAGCUUGCUAUGCAGAUAGGUCGUACUGUGGCCCUCCUGAUUUCUUGUGCCAAUACUGUGGUGCUUCCUUUUGGUUUGCUGAGUGUUCUAAGUCAAGGUCUUCAUGGGUACAGCUGAUGUACACCGUUGAGUUCCAGAAGCGGGGACUGCCUCACGCGCAUAUACUUGUCUGGAGGAGAGGGGGCAGCGGUGAGAUUGGUGUUGAGAAUAUUAAUUCAUUAAUAUCCGCUGAAAUACCUGAUGCAUUGCUUGAUCCUUUAGGAUAUGCUUUAGUUUCCGAGUUUAUGAUGCAUGGUCCGUGUGGGGAAAUGAAUGAUAAAUGCGUCUGCAUGAAAAAGGGUGUUUGUUCUAAAUUUUUCCCAAAGGAUUUUAGAGAUACUACUGUCGUUGAUGACAAUGGGUUUGUCUUAUAUCGACGUCGUGACGACGGUCGAAGGGUAUACAAAAAUGGUCAUUACCUGGACAAUAGGCAUGUUGUUCCUUACAGUAUGGCAAUGCUCAAGAAAUUUCAGGGCCAUAUAAAUGUAGAGUGGUGUAAUAAAACUCAGGUUAUGAAAUACCUCUUCAAGUAUGUCACUAAAGGUGCUGAUUAUUCUAAGGUCAUGUUAGAAAGGUUAAAAAAAUUGACUACAACUGGGUGUCGUACGGUAGAUGAGGUUCAGGAGUAUUUGAUAUGUCGGUACAUAUGUGAGUAUGAUGCACUGUGGCGCAUAUUUGGGUUUGAGAUACACUUUAAAAUGCCGUCGGUUCAAAGGUUGACUGUUCAUAUGCCUGGUAUGAAUAAUAUCUGCUAUCGUACUGGUGCUGACCUCACGAAAAUUGUUGGUUCUGACUUCUUGCAAAAGACUAUGCUUACCGAAUGGUUUGUUGCGAAUGAUUUGUUCGAAGAUGCCCGGUCAUUGACUUACUAUGAUUUUCCAUCUGCUUGGACCUGGGAUGCUAAAAGUAGAUCAUGGCAUCCAAGGGGUAGGGGUGAAAAGAUUGGUCGCGUAUAUUAUGUGCAUCCUUUGAGUGGUGAGUUGUAUUACUUACGCAUGCUUUUGAUGAUUGUUAAGGGGGCUAGGCCUUUCGAAUGUCUCCGUACAUAUGCUGGUCAUCUUUAUCACACCUUUAAAGAGGCUUGUGCCGCACGUGGUUUACUAGGGGAUGAUAGUGAGUGGUACACAACGUUUGAUGAGGCGGUUGUCUGGGGGUUUGGGCAUCGCCUUAGGGAGCUGUUUGUGACUAUGCUCAUGCACUGUUCUAUCAGGGAUGAGCUUGGUUUUUUUGAGCGGUACUGCAGUGGCAUGUACGAUGAUAUCCAACAUAGGCUGCGCCGUGCCCUAGGUAAUCCAAACUAUGUUGUUCCUCCUGAGAGACUGAGGAAUCUGCUUCUUGAUGAGCUGGCCGAUGUUUUUUUGAAGCAUGGAUUUGAUAUAAUUUUUUUUAACUUGUCGUCCCGUUCCGGUGAAGGUGAACAUUCCGAUGAUAAUCGUCUCAUCUGUGAUGAAUUAUGUUAUGAUGAACCUGCUUUGGCUACACAAUCCUUAGUCAUGUUUGAUAGUUUAAACGAGGACCAACUGGUUGCUUACAAGACGAUUGUACAAUGUGUUCAGUCGGGGGAGCCGGGCUUUUUUUUGUCUCUGGGUACGGUGGUACUGGAAAGACUUACCUAUGGAGUGCAAUCUGUGCUUUCCUUAGGGGUGAGAGGAAGAUAGUGCUAACUGUUGCAUUGUCAACAAUUGCAUCGCUGUUACUGCCUGGUGGGAGGACUGCCCAUUCUCGCUUUAAAAUACCCAUUCUCCUUGAAGAUAAUACGCAGUGUGAUAGUAAAAGAGGUUCUAAGCUUUGUAAGUUAAUGAUGGUAGCUUCGCUUGUUAUUUGGGACGAGGCGCUUAUGACACUCAGGAAGUGCUUUGAGGCUGUAGAUAGAACAUUGCGUGAUGUCCUCUCUGUGGGUAAUCCAGACCUUGCGGAUGUUCCGUUUGGUGGGAUAGUGAUGGUCUUGGGCGGUGACCUUAGACAAAUCUUACUGGUCGUUGAGGGAGGUACUAGACCUCAGAUUGUUGAUGCGGCGAUCACAAAUUCCCCGCUGUGGCGCUCUGUUAAGAAGUUGUCACUCUCUGUUAACAUGCGCUUGUCUGUUCAUGGUGUGGAUAGUCAGGCACAGCAGGAUGUUGCCUUAUUUAGCAAAUGGGUUCUUGAUCUUGGUGAAGGAAAGUUGCCUGUUACAAGGCGAGGCGAUGAUGUUGAGGCUUCUUGGAUACAAAUUCUGGACGACCUAUUGGUUUGUACAGAUGGUGAUCCAAUAUCUGCUAUUGUUUCUUCUGUUUACGGUGAUUUCUCUCAAAACUACAUGAACUCUGGAUACUUGCAAGAAAGAGCCAUUUUAGCACCCACCAAUGACCAUGCUGAUGAUUUUAAUGAUCAUGUUCUUAAGUUGGUUCCUACUGAUAGCAGAGACUAUCUGAGCGCUGAUUCAAUUGACGACUCUGUAGAUUCUGUUAGGGACAAGGAUAUUUACUAUCCAAUUGAGUACUUGAAUUCAACUAAGAUUAUAAAUUUCCCAAACCAUAGGUUGACUCUUAAGGUUGGUUUUCCGAUUAUGCUUCUUAGAAACCUUAGCCAGGCAAAUGGUUUAUGUAACGGUACACGCCUAUUUGUGAAAGAAUUGGGUGAUCGGCUUAUCGAGGCUGUUAUUAUGACUGGCUCGCAUGUGGGCGAUACCGUUUAUAUCCCUAGGAUUGAGUUAUUAGCAAAGAAGGGUAACGCACCCUUCGUGCUUAGGCGUCGCCAGUUUCCUGUUCGUGUGUGCUAUGCCAUGACAAUCAACAAGAGCCAAGGACAGACCCUGUCUGCUGUUGGUAUAUAUCUUAAGGGUCCUGUUUUUACGCACGGCCAGCUGUAUGUGGCGGUUUCUCGUGUUACUUUGAGAGCUUCUUUGAAAAUCCUUGUAUUAGAUGCUGAUGGUAAGUGUGGAUCUAAGACUAAGAACAUUGUUUUCCCUGAGGUCUUCCGGGCCGCGGGGAUGGCCUAGGUUUGUGUUUGAUGGCAAUCUCCAUUUUUUUUGGUCGUUGGCACAUGCUUUUGGGAAUUAUCUAAUGUUUUGGUAGAUGACUUUUGUGUUACGCUUGUUACAUAUGUGGUCCUAUGCGAUGUGGGUUAUAUUCUGGGUUGUACUACCAUUGUCUAUAUUUGUGGUUUGCCUUAUGUCGUCCGAACUUACUUAGUUUAACGGUAGUGCUAUAUUUUGGUGAUGACCCCUGUGUUGUAGAUGGCGAUGGCUGGUUUGCAGGGUCUUGUUGUGGGGAACAGAAACCCGACAGUCCGUGUGUAUGUCUCGCGACACUGGCAUCAUCGUGGGACCACUGAUAAUGGUCCUAUCAAACACACUGACAUGGUCCUUCUGGAUACCCGGGGCAACCACAUCUAUGCUGAGAUCGGUGAGAAUCUUGUGACCAAGUUUAUGGGUAAACUGUAAGAAGGAUGUGCAUAUGAAAUUUCACAGUUCUUGGUGUUCCUGAACAAGCGUUACUUCAAGCCAAUUGAUGCAGUACACAUGAUCAGGUUCAAUAGGUUCACCACGGCCAGUCCUAAUACCAACCCAGAGGCUCAGUUUCCAUUCUGCACCUACUCACUCACUGAACUGUCACGCCUGCCUGCCCCUCUCGAUGCACCUGAAUUCUUCACAGAUGUACUUGGAGUUAUCACUGGUGUGUCUGAUGUUGUUCAGUAUCAUAGCUCGAACAGGAGCGAGCCUUCCACAAAGCAUACUAUCAACAUCAAGGACCUAAGUGGAUACCAGAUAACUGUUGUAUUCUGGGGUGAACGUGCCACGACCUUUGAAGGAGACUACAUUAUCGAGCUAGGAAAAUCUGAACCAGUUGUUGCACUGUUUGUUGGGACUCUGGUAAAAAACUCCAUGUUCAAGAAUUCAUCCGAUUAACCAGUUAACUUGCCGAUUAAUCCCUACUCAUAGGGUCACCGAGUAGCCGAUAAACCGAAAAAUCAUACGAUUAAUUGAUUAAAUGUCCGAUUAACUUGCCGAUUAGCCGAUUAAUCCUCUACUCACUAACCAACCGAGCAGCUACCAGUUAACGAUUUCCUCAACAAUGAAAAAACUACGAAGGUCGAAGGGGUGUGAGCGGGAGCGCGGCAUGUCGGUGGUACAUAAAUGACGACAUUUCUGAGAUGAUAGACUUCCAUACGAGGCUCCAUGGCAAGUCCUCUCCCAUAGAAAAGAUUGUUCUUCAGGGACAGACGUCAGCUGAAGUGAGCGCCCAGGUUGAUCUACAGACCAAAACAGUUAGUGAACUUCUGGCCCUGCACAUCUACAAGAACCAGGACGUGCGUUUCCUUUGCUAGGUUAC